CGGGCGAAUGAAGCUGAUGGCCGUCGGUCGAUAAAUAUAUAUUAAAAAAAGGAAAGUCGUGCGAGUUGGGAAUUAUCGGGCGAUUGGAGUAGAUAUCUGGUUAUCGAUCGAUGAGCUUCAUUUUGGCCUUUGGCGUCUGUUGGUUCAUAUAAAGGCAAGGUUUUUUGGCGAAAGAAUAGAUUUGUGUCCAGCGAAAGGAAAGUUCCCUCAUAGCAUUUUCUUUUAACUGCAAUCAAUUCUCGGGGUACUGCAAGACUCCAAGCAAAUUCUGCACUUGGCUAACCAUGGAGGAUUGUUCAUCACAUGGAUCAACUUCAUGUUUUUACUCACAGAUGCUAUAUAAAUUACGAUUUGAAGUCGACAAUGAGACUGAUGGGAUCUCUAGCUCUGUUAUAAAGGGUGAACCUGUGGAAUAUCUAAACGACUUCCAAAUUACGGGUGCUGAUUCAAAUACAGAAACAGGAUGGGCUGAAUCUAAACCUACUCCAAUGGAAAGAGAACUGAAAAGAAAACGUUAUGGAAGGCGCAAGAGCUCGGUAACGUUAAAGAAAACAGAUGAAAAGAUUGCUGAUAUGAAAGGGACGCUGCAGAAGAAAAUAGAUUCACUUUCUGGUAUACUUAAAUACAUUGAACGGGAACUGCAGGAGGAAAUAGAUGAGAAUUUGUAUAUGACUAUGCGCUUGAAAGAGAAACAGAAGAUAAAAGAUGAACAGAUCGCUGAGGUUAAACUCUUGGCAAAGAAACUUGAUCGAUUAAGAGUUGAGACAGAAGAGGAAACAGGAUUGACGCUUUCCCUUCACAGGCAGCAACUUAAGCCUCAAAGUUUUACUCUCCAAAGAGCAACUGAUCCGCAUAUCAUUGGAACGAACUCUGAUUCUGUUGACAAGGAACGACGUGGAACUAACUUUGAAAAUGUUGGCAAGUUUUCAUCAAUGGAACUUGCUGCAUCCCAUACCAUAUCAAAUCGCUGUGCAAAAGGAGCUGACUUUCUUAGGAAACUUGAAGUUUGAUGAUGAGAGUAGAGUGAA